AUGAUUGUCGUUCACGCUCCAAAAGCUUAUUUCGGUUCAGAUAUACAAAAAUCAUUGGGUUCUCUUCCUGGAUUUCCAUUGGCGAAAUAUCCCGGAGAAAAACAUCUUCCCGGUCAUAAUUACACCGGUCCAGAUUUACCUGUUUUCAAAAGGCAACAACCGUCUCCUAAAAUAAGAUUGCGCGAAAAGCAGAUAAGACUCGAAACAGAGAAAAUGAAGUUUCCUAAAGAGAAACAAGCAGCCAUAUCAAUUAAAUUGUUAGAAUUGGAAAAGAAAAAUAUUAUUGAAAGAACUUAUCAUGAAGAGGGAGAAUUUAUCUCCAACAUUUUUACUAGAGAAAAGAAGGAUGGGGGGCUAAGAUUAAUCCUCGAUUAA